AUGUCCGACAUCAAGGCAACCGAGACCCCCGCGCCUCGGGAGAAGCUCGAAGGUGGGCAAAUUCUUUCUUGUUUUUCUGACCAGCGCAUCAUGCUAACAGAAGACCAGCCCAGAUCAAGUCCGCCGACAUGCACAGGACACAAGGCUGAUAUGACUGCAGCUCAGGAGGCUAUGGCUAAGUUCACCAUCGAGAAGGAUAUCGCACAGCACAUCAAGCGGACAGUUCGUACACCCCCAGAAGCCGUCACAGCCGACCACUCACUCACCCUCUUCAGUUUGACGAGCGCAAGGGCCCUACCUGGCAUUGCAUCGUCGGCCGGAAUUUCGGUAGCUUCGUUACUCACGGCAUGGGAGAAAUGGCUCACCGGUGGGGGCCUUUGGAAGAGCUUGUUGUGA